CAGAGAUUGGAUCCCAUGUGAGGAAGCUCAACCUUGUCCCACCAAGGGGCUGGCGCUGCUGCAGGUGACGUCUGUGCUGGAGAAAUGACCCCGAAGGGUGGGGCAGCAUGGCUGCCUUCAGCUCUGCUCCUCCUCCUUGUCCCAGGCUCUUUGUCUCUGAGGGGCCCCAGCACCGUGACGGGCACCGUGGGGGGAUCCCUGAGCUUGCAGUGUCGGUACGAGAAGGAAUACACAGAAAAUAAGAAAUACUGGUGCAAAAGCUCACGUUCGUUACUGUGGAGGGAGAAGAUUGUGGAGACCACAGAGUCAGAGAGAGAAGAGAGGAGCGGCCACGUGUCCAUCAGGGACCAUCCUGCAAACCUCACCUUCACAGUGACCUUGGAGAGAGUCACAGAAGAUGAUGAAGGCACAUACUGGUGUGGGAUCGAUGCAUCGUGGCUGCAAGGAGUUUUACGUGACCCCGUCUUCCAGGUCGUUGUGUCUGUGUUCCCAGCAGUCCUCAGCCCGAAGAUCUUCACAAGCACCCCAGGUCCUCCCAUGACCCUGCCAGCACCCUCCUGGUCCAGCACGACAAGGCAGGAAACCCUAGAUCCCAGCCAACACCAUUGGUCCCUGCUCAGCAGUGUCCACUUCCUGCUCCUGGUCUUCCUGGAAGUGCCCCUGCUCCUGAGCAUGCUCAGUGCUGUCCUCUGGGUGAACAGGCCUCAGAGAAGCUCUGGGGGGAGGCGGAGUCAGCCCAAUUGUGAGCACCAGUAGCACCUGUUGGCUAUCAAUGCCCCACCCAGGAACACAGCCCCUGUGGUGGAUGGCAAUGACCUUCUGAGCAAUAAAUCCAGUGUCAUUGUCUAUGAGAAUACUAUGACAAUGUAAAUUUUUUU